AUGUGUGUGAGGUUCAGUGUGUGUUUCCUGCUGGCUGGGCUGUACCUGAGCAGCUCAGCUCCCACACCUGAGGACUGUGACCCCCUGCUGACACCGCUGCCUCUGGACGACCGCACUAAGCUGCUCGGCAGGUGGAACUUCAUGGCUGGCGUCACUGAUCAUGAGCUCUUUGCCUCCGUCCUGAGGAAGAUCGAGAGCUACCGGCUGACCAUCACAGCGUCGCCGUCCGAGAGCAACACGCUGCUCAUGUCUACUGACUCCAUGGUAAAUGACCGAUGCAUCAGCUCAGAAGCCAACUUGACCAUCGUCGGCAACGUCAUAGAGGCGGACCACGACAACAGUUCACACACGUUCCGGGUGCUGCCGUCCUGCGAUGACUGCCUGGUUUUCAGCAUCAACACCACUUUCCCAAAGGACAUCCAGGUCAACACUCUCUAUCUGUUUGCGAGGUCGGAGGUUGUGGAGGACCCUGAGCUGAAAGCCUUCCAGCAGGACUCUGAGCUGAAAACCUUCCAGCAGCAGGCCGAGUGCCUCAACAUCUCCGUGCCAAUGACCUUCCGCUACGAUCCCAAGAAAGGUCCUUCAUUCACUCUUUGCUUCAUUUGCUUUUUCAGUCUUUAA